UGAGCGGGACCUGGCAGCGUUUGGAAACUCCCUUUUAAUUCUCACCUGGAGCCUCUUGAAGAUUAAGCCGAGAGGAGUAUCUCAUGCCAGAUGAGAGCACAGUCUGCAAGGACUGUUCAAGGCUGGCUGCUCUCUAAGGAACAAGAGUUUCCUAAGAAAACCGGAAUACCGUGGAAAUGCCUCACCUAAACUUUCCAGACCAGAUUAACAUGGACCGUCCGAUGUAAAGGAUUUUACAGCGCCGAACAAGGAAACGGAGGGAUCCCAAAGUUACAGGCUGCACAAUGUCAUCUGGCCGUGAGUCUGUAGGGGAUCUGAUUCCCCCAGAUAUGCUGCAGGUGUUCAAUGAGGAGUGGCAGGGCGGCAGAGGCAAACGGGGCAGGAGAAGGGCAGGAUCCUUUAGCCGUGCGUUCAAGUGGUUGAAGAGCCAGCGCAGGAAAACCCGCCGACGUACUACAGAGAUUCGUGGAGACCUGCUCGCCGCUGGAUCACCUGUAGAACUACCAAAAUCUACACUUACAACAGGCCCUAAAGAGGAAGUUGUGGGUGCUACUUCUGUUCAGGAGUUCAAAGAAAAUGUGUUUGUGGAGGGUAAUCGGCCUAAAUAUCUGUUGGACCUUCACACAGAGGCCCAGCAGGGCCUGAAAAUGCAGCAGCAAGAGGAUGAUAGGAAUGGGAUUGAUUACCCUGAUGACCAAAGUAUGAUUUCAACAGUAACAGCUCAGACUGAAAACAGCAUGGCCUUCAGUGAACUGAGAGGCUUUGAGUCUGAGAGCACAGCUGCUGAUUCUGUUUCGAUGCGCUCAUCCAUUUCCUCACGAUCAACACGCUCAGGACUCAAACGCCAAGCCUCAACGUUCAGACCUCUGAAGCCAGAUAAGACUGCAGAGAAGACAAAAUCUCGUAGGAGACAUGUGAGAACUGUUGUAGGAAUUCCUCGACACAUCCAGAGAGAACUGGGUUUGGACAGGGCAGCAUGGAUCACCACCAAUCCUCUUGAUGGUCAGCUGUCCAAUGGAGACAUGAUCAUACCCGCCAUAAUUUCCACUGUGGAUGGUGUGUCUUCCAGCUCUGAACAAGAAAGUGUACAAGCCCAUCUACAAGGUGUGCAGAACCUGUACACAGUUAAGGAAAACAACGCAGAGCAGCCUGCACUGACAAAACCCAAAGAUGACAUUCUCCAAGGGCUCAUGAACCAUUCUGUAGAUCCAGAAAAGUCAGGAGCAGGCAUUCUAGGUGUUCCUUGGACAGAGAACCCAGCCGGUGUGGUGAUGUCCAUCUCACCUCAGGCCACAUACAUGUCUAAAAUCAUUCCAAAUGCUGUUCUUCCAUCAUCUGUGGAUGUUGUGGAACUUAGUCGCAGCCAAAGUCGCAGCAGUGUCCGAACCGUCAGCAAGAGCAGUCUGGUGUCAGCCAGCCCAGCAUCCACACGUGCUUCCUCCAGAGCCUCUUCACAUUGUUCCACAACCUGCUCAAACUACUCUGGGUGGAGCCACUCGGGAUCGUCAGAGACGCUAGUAUCUGAUUCUUCUACCAUCUCCAGCAGUAGCACUCCCCGUGUGGCCAGCAGAGGGAGUCAGGUUGAGAACACGGAUAGACCAGCCAAGCUGAACAAUGAUGGUUCCCAUGUUAAAACUACUCAUGUGAAUGGGGGCUCUACAGAGGAGGAGGAUAGCAGAAAAACAGGAUCUGCUGCUGCUUUCACACGUAACCUAUCGGUGAUUAAACGGGGAAACAAACCUCCAGCUCCUCCCAGCAGGUCAUACUCUUUACACAAUGGGAAACAGGCCUGGAAGACAUCUGAGAGUAAUACUUACUUUGCUGAUGUCAGCACUCCAGAUGAGUCACCAUACCCAGCUGUAAUUUCUGUAUCUAAAACGAAGACUUCCACUCACAAGUUGAGCCCUAAGAUAGGCACACCUCCCUCCAAUGGACCCACAACUAUCACAUCAAAGGACAGAAAUAACCUUCAAAUGUCUUCCAUUGAUGCACCCCAUUCAUACACAAAUGGCACCAGUAAGCUUGCUGAACUUAAGAACACCCUUCUGUCAAAAAGUCUAAUUAAUAGUAACAGUUCCUCCCCAGCUGUAAUGGCUCUCCGAUCUCUGCUAGAGAUUCCCACCCAUCCUAAAGUACUGGCUCCGCCAGCUCCUCCCCCUGAGACCUGGGCUCACAAUCAGCAAACUUUUGAACUGCUGUGUGGACCCGGACCUAUUAACUAUGCACGCUGGGCCAAAAAGAGAGGUCUUAAAAUAGAAGAUGAACCAGAUGUAGCCUUGGCAAAUGCUAACAAAGUAAAUGCAACAUCUCUAUUGCAGGCAGUAGAGAUAAAAGGGAAAAUUGAAUCCAUAGCGCCACUUGCUUAUGUUGCCCCAUCUCCAUCACCUCCCCCAGAACAUUGCCCACCAAUACCAUACAACAGCCAAGCCAAACCUCCUCCGCCCCCUCCAGACUUUGUUCCUUCAACUCCUACACUAGCUGUCAAAGCAAUAAAGGACUUAACUACUUGGAUCCCUCCACCUCCUCUGUUUCCUCCUCCGGCGCCUCCAGUAGGUACGGCUUUGGCAACUCCUAUCGCUGUGCAAAAUGAUACAGACUUCCCUCCACCACCCCCACCAUUUUCGCCACAGUCUUUACUGACAAUGCCUCAAUUACCUCCAGAUAUUCCACUGCCACCACCUCAGGAAGUUCCACCUCCACCAAGACCAUCUUCUGAACCACAGAAAAUCCCAUCCCCUUCACAAGAAUCCCAACCUUCAACACACAAUGUGUUAGUAACAUCAUCUGAAACUUCUCAACAAAUCAACGUUCCUCCACCUCCUCCACUGCUCACUGAUGUAAGAUCCCAACAAGUCAGUGUUCCUCCUCCUCCUCCACUACCUAGUAAUGUAAAAAUGGAGGACAGACUAGAGACAACAGAAUCAGAGAAACGGACAAGCAGUCCCUCUCCGGCCAAAGAGGAGACCUCUGGUCCUGUGGUCACCCAGUCUAUCCUACAGAUGGUUCGUCUUAGGUCAGUUAAGUCCAAUAAGAGCCAUGCUGUAGAUCCUGAUAAACCAUCACAACCCAAACCUAAAUCAAGUGUCAAUCAAGAGGCACCUCCAAAGCCAAUCAGAAGGUCUUUGAUUAUGACAUCACUGCCCCCUGAUGUGGAAGCUCUUUCCAACACAGAGCAAAAAACUGAAGCUCUGUCCCUCAACACAAACACAACCACUGUAUCAAGUACUCAGCAAGGAUCAUCUGAACAAGAAACUCAAUCAAAUAACAUUAAAGAUUAUUCAUCUGCUUGUUGUCCAACGGAGGAAAGUAGUAAUAAUGAUGCUGCUGAUGAAGCAGCUAAUAAACAAUGCUGUGCUGAAAUAGAACUCAAACCGCAAAGCCUCAUGGAACAAAUUCAACCUUUAGUGCCUGACCCAGCAACCCUGCCAAGCACAACUGAAACAAAGGACCAUUCAAUCAGUGAGCCAAAGGCUCAACAUCAGGCACAAGAACCCAACAAGACCCCACAUAAUUCAGAGAAGCAAUUAAGCACCGUUGAAAUGCACUCAAAACUAGAAGAUGAGCAGCCAAAACCCCAAACAGCAAUGCCCAUUAUCUCUUCCACACCUCCCAUAGUCUCUUCACCAGCUAACCCCUCCAUGCGUCUCCAGGAUGCCAUUCGUCUAAAGGCUGCCACUAUGUCUUCAAAAGACAACCAAGCCAAGCGCUUUGGUCUGUGCUCCUCUCCCCCAGUCAUGACUAGUGGCACCACUGUACCAAACUCCCCUGCAUCUACAGCCAGCUUCAUCUUCUCCAAAAGCCCAAAGAAGGUCGUAAUAGAGACACCGUCAUCCUUAGAGGUUCAGGGUGACCUGAAGAAAACUCUGGUGGCAGAGUUAGCAUCUGUCUCCGAUUUAGCCAAGUCUAAUGACUCGCACAAGAUGGCUAACAAAGUUCCUCCACCUAUUGCUAAGAAACCCAACACUAAGGUUGAGAGAGUUGCUCAGAACUCUGCAGAGGCCGAAUCUGUAGCAAAGACUGAGCAUGUGUAAACAGAAACUGUACAAUCUGCCGGACAGGAAGUACAGAGAACUCUGAGAAAAGAAGUUAAUGAAUAUGUGCACAAAUGA